AUGCCGACCACUGCUGUUGGAGUUAAUGAAGACAACCAACAGAGAUUCACAAAGCCAUUAGAAAGAAAAACAAUCAAAUUGGGGAUAGUAAGUAAAUCAAAUUGUUACCAGAAAGCCUUUAGAACAGAGGAGAAAAGAGACAACUUUUUAAGAUGGAGGUUUCAAUUAAUGGAGAAAGGUAUCCAAGAACUCGAUUUCAAACCAGAAGGUAUCAAUUCCUUGCUUCAAAUCAAUGAUCUGAAAAACUCUCCUGGCCCAUCUAAGAAAGAGCUUCGUUUCGCCACAAAACAAGUUGUUCAUCUUCUCCAAGACAAUUACCCAGAAUUCGUAGCCAGAAACAUAUUCAUCAAUGUCCCAUUCUGGUACUAUGCAUUCAACGCCCUUUUCUCUCCUUUCCUAACCCAAAGAACCAAGAGCAAAAUGGUGGUCGCCCGUCCGGGAAGAACAACAGAGACUCUUCUGAAGUUCAUUCCAAUUGAAGAAAUUCCUGUUGAAUAUGGAGGUUUCAAGAGAGAUAAGAAUGAUUCAAAGUUAUGGGUUGAAGAUAACAAUGGGGUUAAAGAGCUUAUAGUAAAAGGUGGAUCAAUUGAAACAAUUGAGAUAGCUGCACCAGAGAUUGGAACAACAUUUGAAUGGGAUUUGACAGUUUUGGGAUGGGAAGUGAACUAUAAAGAAGAGUUUGUUCCAAGUGAUGAAGGUUCUUAUAGUAUUAUCAUUCAAAAGGUGAAGAAAUUGGGUUUAAAUGAGGGACCAAUUCGAAACACAUUCUGUAACAAUGAACCUGGAAAGAUUGUUCUUACUGUUGAUAACAGUGGAAGCAAGAAGAAGAAGAUGAAGAAGGUUCUGUAUCGACACAAGACUAAGAAUGCAGCUGAAUGAAUGAAAUUAUCAAAAAUUUGAGUGAAUUAUUUAUUUGUUUUAUUAUUAUGAUUAUCAUUAUUCUUUGUAGGAAGAUUGAGUGAAAAGAGAGAGUUUUGAGAAGAGGGUUGCAUUGGUUUUCUUUUUAUAAA